AUGGACGUAUCUCUUUUGUCUGUCGACAACAUCCCGCCGUCUCCGACGCCGGCAGCAGGCGAGGAUACAGUCUGCGACUUGGGCAGCGUGAGGUUCGAAACCGAGAAAGUCGCCUGCAGCUGGACUGUCUUGAACUACAAAUACUGGCCUCAAGGGGUAGACGAAGUGAAAUCGCCCGGUUUCUGGCACUGUAACUCGAGCGAGUGGUGUAUGGUGCUGUGUAAAGACGUUGCCAAAGCCCUGUACUUCUGCUUCCAGCUACUGACUUCCCAGAAAGGCGCUACCGUGCGAGCUAGACUAAGGGCGUCACUAGUGUCCAGCAGCGGUAUAGAGUACGAGGUGUACCCGGCGGAGUCAGUCUGCCUCGAUGCACCAAAGAAGUCGAAAUGGAAGUGCUUGUACGGCUCCUUCAGACCGGAGGACGGUUUCGAUUACAUGCUGAAGUUCGUGGGAGAGGUGACCACGUCGUGUGUGAUAACGGAGCCUUACCCGAGCGUUGCCCUCGAGAGGCCUCGUCGCAGCAUCACAGACGACCUGGCAGCGCUGCUGGAGACGGGCCAGCUCGUCCGCAUCAACGAUGUCGAGGCGGACGUCCUGCGUGAGGUCCUGCGUUUCGUCUACACGGACAGCACGCCCUUCCUGGAGACGAUGGCUGACAGGCUGCUGAUGGCGGCCGACAAGUACGACCUGCCCCAACUGAAGGAGCUCUGCGAGGUAGAGUUGGUCAAGAACCUAACCGUGGACAAUGCCGCCGCUACCGCCGUCAUCGCCUUGAGCCACUCCUGCGAUGUACUCAAGCGGCCGGUCAUGAGUUUCGUGAAGCGCCAUCUUGUGCCCAUCAUGGGCAGCAAAGGUUGGGCGACUGCCAUUAGGGAUCAUGCUGAAGCAGUGGUCCAGAUUAGCCGCUUGGUGCAUAAAAUGACGCCCUUCAAGGAGUUGCUUCUUGUGUUUUGCAAUGGGCACCUGCUGUUAUUCGCUAGGGGCAACAAGUAG